AUGUCCUCGAUGCUCAGGCCUUUACGGCUUCCACAACUAGUGGAGGAGCGAAAGAAGCGGGAGUCGAUGCAGACAGAACAGGACGUCGAGCCUACUCUUAGCUUCUACACAUUCAGCAGCACUUCAUCUGAGCUCACUUCCCCGGUAACACCAACCUUCUCGGCCCGGAGUCACAUGCGUCACUCCAGCUCCGCCUCGUCUUUUGACCUCGCCAUUCCCAGCACCCCGGAGUACCCACCGUCACCCACCAGAGCCGCAGAUAUCUCGGCCAAGUGGUCUUUGACCGAUGUUCAGGAGGAGCCUUCCAGCUACGAGUAUGCGGAUGCUGAGGACUAUGUUGAUUUCGACGAUGCUUCGUCCGACCAGUUCGAUCUCACCGACUGUCUCCGGGACGAACCUCGCUAUUGCCAAGCUCCCAACCUUCAGGUCGUCACAGGUUUCGACCUCUACGAUGGCUACGACGACUUUGACUACAACUUUGGACUUCAACAUGAGUCUGAUGCGUACAGAGAAGACACACGUUCGUCAAGGAAGCUCAGCCGGAGGUUCGAGGCGCCAUUCGCCAGUCUAUCCACUCGUCUCGGCUCUCGGCUUCCGUCGUUAAAGUCUCGGCGUUCUCUGAAGCAGUGCAGCGCUCCGGGAUCUCCCAUCGCCGAGGGCAGUCUUGAGCGCUACUCUCGCCUCUCUCGUGGAGUCCCAAGCCCAUCGUCAUCACGUUCGACUUUUGGCACCUUCCACUAUGAUCGUUCAAACGAGCCUCCGCUGCCACCGACGCCCGACUUGUCACGCUAUGGCAGCUCAGACAGCGUAGCCAAGCGGGUCUCCAGCGUGUUGGAAGAGGUUGAAGAAGUCCGCGACACCAUCCAGCGCGAUCGCGCCAUGGCGACGACACCUCUCCUUCCUCCGUUCAUGAAUGGCAUCGCCGCGCCACCAAGUACUGCCAUGAACUCCCCUCUUGUCUCACCCACAGUUGCCUUUGCAACCAUCUCGAUGCCUUCGGCGCCGCAGUCGCCACUGGUCUCUCCGCCGCUGAGCUCCAAGCCCUCCCUGACAUCGUUUCCCUCCAUCAUGGCAUCGACUGAGCUGCCCCUCAUGCCUGAGCCUGAUGCCUGGUCCGACCUGCUUGGCCAUGCCAACUUCACCAUCACACCAGCCCCGUACCAGCCGCAGGGCCAAGACUCGGAUACUCUGCAGAAGUUCCAGGAGGACUGGGAGACGGCUCGCGUCAACUACACGAAGCACCUUGCCCGUACCGGGGAGCACUAUGGCGACACGUCCAAGACGUACUCACUGACCCAGGCAAAGUGGUCAGAGAUUGAGAACAUGUGGAGCUCCUAUCACAAGCAGAUCAUUGCCGAUCUCAUUGCCUGUGGAGCAUCCCUGCGUGGCCAGAUGAGCCCGGAAGAAGUCGUCCCCACCACGCUGCCUCAUAUGGCUGAGGGCAAGUUCCCCGAGAGAGGCGACCAGGACAUUGUCGGCCCCAUGGUGCGACAGGCGACCAUGUCUCCCAUGGCCGACACCUUCAAGCGGCCGAGUCUCUGGAAACGCCUUACGGGCCGCUGA